CCUCCCUCGCCGACGCCGUCCAGCUCGCCACUUCUCCGCCCUCAUCUCUCUCGCCCGCCAUGGGUCGCGGCGGCUCGUCCAGCGGUCAGCGCAAGACCAGGGCCUUCGCCCAGGUCAAGCGCAUGGUCAACCCGAACGACAUGCGCCUCAAGGCCAACCAGGAAAAGGCCAAGAAGGCCGAGGAGGACAAGAAGGAGAAGGAGGUCAACCGAGUCGACGCCAUGCCGACCUCGCUCUUCUUCUCGCACAACGAGGCCCUCGUUCCGCCCUACCGCGUCAUCGUCGACACCAACUUUAUCAACCUGAGCCUCGAGAACCGGGUCGACAUCGUCAAGUCCAUGAUGGACGUCCUCUACGCCAAGGCCAUUCCGUGCAUCUCUGACUGCGUCCUCGCCGAGCUCGAGAAGUUGGGCCACCAGUACCGCCUCGCUCUCCGCGUCGCGCGCGACCCGCGCUUCGAGCGCCUCCCGUGCUCGCACAAGGGCACCUACGCCGACGACUGCAUCGUGAACCGCGUCACGCAGCACCGGUGCUAUAUCGUCGCGACGUGCGACCGGCAGCUCCGCAGGCGGUUGCGCAAGGUCCCUGGCGUGCCGCUCAUGUACAUCGCCAAGAAGCGCUACGCCAUCGAGCGCCUCCCCGACCAGGCCAUCGGCUAGUGCACUCCGCACUCGCACGUCCUCUCGCUCGGCUCGGCGGCGUCUCGAGUUCGGCGGCGUGGACGCGCGCACGCGCGAGGGCGGCGGCUCCCGCCCCGAGGCCCUUUCUUGGCUCUGCCGCGCGCCGGUCAACGGUUGCGCCCUGUCCGCUCUCUCCUCCUCCCUUCUGUUUGUUUCCAGUAGUGCACUAGAUCUCUCGCAACGCGUCGUUCCUCUUC